AUGCCAGAAACUUUAAACGAUAGCAAUAAACGUGCGCUUCCUGAGGUGAAUUCGGAAUUAGAAAGCACAGAAACUCCUGUGAAGAAGGUCAAACUCAAUGAUAAAGAUGAAGCAAAACCUUCAGAAGAGACUGAUAAGUUCAUAACAGAGAAUGAUACAGCAAAUGAAGAGGCCAAUUCCGUAGAGAGACCUAAAAAUAUUGAAACUGCUGAGACAACGGAAACAGCGGUAACAAAAGAAGAAGAUACAAAUAAUAAAAAAGAAGAAGAGGCCAAGGAAAAAGAUGAGGGCGCCAAGGCAGAGAUAGAAGGGAAGAAAACAGAACCUAAACCAGAAAAAGACGUGGAAAAACCAUCGUUCACAUUUGGCCAAUCUUCAAGUUUUGUUUCUGGCUUUGGAGUGGCAACUAAACCAUUUGGAGCAGCCAAUGCUUUUUCUGCUGGUUUACCUGCGGCUAAAACCACUGAGAAAGAUGGAAAUAAGGACACCGUCAAGGUUGAACCAGGUUUCUCGUUCGGAUCUGGUCUAUCAUUUGGUGCUGGAUUCAAAGCUGCAAAAGUAGCCUCCAAAGAUAGUGUUGCAAAAGACAAGCAAACAGUCGAAUCAGAAAAAAAGGAAAGUACUCCAGCCCAAUCAAGAGAGCCAACAGUAAAAUUAACGAAACAAGACGUCAAAUCGGGCGAAGAGACAGAAGAAUCGAUCUUCCAAACAAAUGCCAAGCUGUAUCAGCUUACCGAUAUAAAGGAUGGUUGGAAGGAAAGAGGAAUUGGUGUUCUACAUUUAAAUAAAGAUGAAGUUUCAGAAAAGUCGAGAAUAGUAAUGAGAUCCCGUGGGUUAUUGAAAGUAAUAUUGAAUCUACCGCUUGUAAAAGGAUUUUCUAUUAAAAAAGGGUUCCCAGGUUCUCUGAACGGAGAAAAGUUCGUCAGAAUAUUAGCAGUUGAUGAGAACAAGAAUCCUGUCCAGUAUGCCUUAAGGACAGGAAAAGCUGAAAUAGCAGAUGAGUUAUAUGAGAAAGUAAAUGCUCAUAUCCUGGAGAAUUGA